CUGUGAAUUGGUGAAUUGGCGCAGCGCUCUGUAAGCGGAAGGUCCGUUGACUUUAAGCGCUCGGGUACUUGUCAAAUCUCUGACCUUAUGAUAUCUCAGGAUAACAGCGCUGUCUGUCUCUGACCCUUAGCUCACAUUAACCUCUGUAUGAUUGUAAGUUCACUCAGAAUGCCUGGAUCACUUCCUAUAAGCUGUGAGGCCACAUGGCCUAAAGAUGUGGGAAUCAUUGCCAUGGAAGUGUAUGUGCCUUCUCAAUAUGUGGACCAGACAGAACUUGAGGAGUUUGACGGAGCUGGAGCCGGUAAAUACACCAUCGGCCUGGGGCAGGCACGCAUGGGUUUCUGUACUGACCGCGAGGACAUAAACUCUCUGUGCCUGACUGUCGUUCAGCGGUUGAUGGAGAGAAACGGCCUCUCGUAUGAGAGUGUGGGAAGACUGGAGGUGGGCACGGAGACAAUCAUUGAUAAGUCCAAAUCAGUGAAGACUGUCUUGAUGCAGCUGUUUGAUGAAUCGGGAAACACAGAUGUGGAGGGAGUGGACACUACUAACGCCUGCUACGGAGGAACCGCCGCUCUUUUUAAUGCCAUUAACUGGGUGGAGUCCAGCUCCUGGGAUGGUCGCUACGCUCUUGUGGUUGCUGGUGAUAUUGCCGUCUAUGCCACGGGGAGCGCCAGGCCUACGGGGGGAGCAGGGGCUGUGGCCAUGUUAGUCGGACCCAACGCCCCUCUGGCCUUUGAAAGAGGACUUCGUGGGACGCACAUGCAGCAUGCGUAUGACUUUUAUAAGCCAGAUAUGGUGUCAGAGUAUCCAGUGGUGGAUGGCAAGCUCUCUAUCCAGUGUUAUCUCAGUGCAUUAGAUCAAUGCUACUCGGUUUACAGGAAUAAAAUUCAUGCCCAAUGGCAAAGAGAGGGUCUUGAAAAGCGCUUUAAUCUGGAGGACUUUGGCUUUGUGGUGUUUCACUCUCCUUACUGUAAACUGGUGCAGAAAUCUUUUGCCCGUCUGAUGCUCAAUGAUUUUCUUUCUGAUCCGAGUCCAAACACAGACAGUGGACCCUUCAGUGGACUGGAAGCUUUCAGAGAUGUGAAGAUUGAGGACACAUAUUUUGACAGAGAUGUAGAGAAAGCCUUUAUGAAGGCCAGCACAGAACUGUUUGAGCAGAAAACAAAAGCAUCUCUCCUCGUAUCCAAUCAGAAUGGAAACAUGUACACACCUUCAGUUUACGGCUGCCUGGCAUCGGUCCUCGCACAACAAACACCGCAGCAGUUGGCAGGUCAGAGAAUUGGUGUGUUUUCUUACGGCUCAGGCUUUGCUGCUACCCUUUACUCCAUCAAAGUCACACAAGAUGCUACACCUGGAUCUGCACUGGAUAAGCUGGUCUCCAGUCUCUGUGAUCUACAGACUAGACUGGACUCCAGAAAGAAGUUUUCACCCGCUCUGUUUGCUGAGAACAUGAAGAUCAGAGAAGAAACUCACCAUUUAGCAAGCUACAUCCCUCAGGGUUCUGUAGAUGAUCUGUUCCCAGGGACGUGGUACCUCACUCGGGUGGAUGACAAACAUCGCAGACAGUACGCCAGAUGCUCUCUGAAUGAUGAUAGACCUUUGGAGGCAGGUCUCAUCGAUUCCAGCAUUACAACUGAGCAUAUUCCCAGUCCAGUAAAGAAGAUGCCCCGUAUCCCAACUACCACAGCUGGUACUGAGGUGGUUGUCUUUAGUAACGGGGAUCAUUGAGUUCACCUCUGUGAGGUGCACAUAAUAACAGAUCACAAUAUGGACACUCGGUCUGGGAAAGCAAAAAGCAAAUAAGGGUCCUGGAACUGUUACUGCCUUUAUUUCAAGGCAUAUUAAUGAGACACAAAGCUUUUAAACCGUUCCCGGACAGGAUUUGUUUGACCAUCACUGUGUUUUAUCUGGCAGAAGCGUUUGUAUGUGGAGAGGUGUUUCUGCGGUGGAUACAACCUGAAAUAUUCCCAUAAACUUUGCUGCUCCAAGUGGUCUAUGCAGAUAACCUGAAUUGUUUCAUACUUUAAUUUCAAAUAUCAAUCUGCUGGGAUUGCAUUAAAUUAAUACAAAAUAAAAGAAAACAGAAGUUUUACGAUUGUAAGGACCAUGAGGUUCAAUUUGUUUGUGAUUUUCAUGUUUCUUGUUCCCCAUCAUUUGUCAGAAUACCUCAGUAAAUCAUUAUUAUAUAAGUUACGUUAUCAGAGAGGUUUGCCUGGAUAAUAUACUAAUGAGCCAUAAACUUUAAACGUUUUCUAGGUCUUUAUUAAACCAUAAUGAUUGUUCAGUUACUACACGUCUGACUUGUAUUAGAACAGAAUAAGCACUUAAUGUUAAGUGAAAUGGGUAAGAUCUAAAUAAAUAUUGUUUGUUGUUAGUGUAUAAUAGUAACCUGACAUCUUAUGGACAGCAGUUUAAAGGGACAAUAAAUAGGAUUUUCCCCCAUUUAGUUGUGAAAUUGUAUUUUGCAUUCAAGCGAAUAGUGCUCUCUAGCGCCUCGCUUUUUCAAUACUAACCCUAAUAUACCUUUGGGUCAGUUUCCCAGACAGGGUUUAGAUUAAUCCAGGUCUAGGCCUUAGUUAUGUUGGGACAUUUAAGUAGUUUUUACAAACAUACCUUACAAAAAACAAUACAGGUGUGCAUCUUGAGACAAAGCAAUGCCACUGAUAUAUGUUAAAAUAUGUCAGUGCAAGAUGUUUUUAAAUUAAGCAUCUCAAACAUGCAGUUAAGUCUGGGACUAGGAUAAACACUGUAUGGAAAACCGCCACUUAAAGUUUCCUUUAGAUCAUUAUUUAAUCCAUUGCUUUUAUGUCAGUAUCAUGAAAAGGGAGUGCUUCUGGUCCACCUUGCAAAUCCAACUCCUGCGAGCCUUAUUGUGAGCAUGUAAAAACAAAAGAUUUAUUUUGAGAACUAUAUAUAGAUAUAUUUUUCUUUUCAUUUUGCUGCCAGGACAGGUUGACUGUAAGGUUAUCUUCAAACCACACAUGUUUACAAGAAAUUUUUCAUGAUAUCAGUUAAUAUUAACAAUUGUCAGUGAGUACAGCACUAACUGUAAAAUUGUUUAUACUUGUUAAUGCACAAGUUAGUAUCCUAUCAGUUGUAACUUAUGGAGAACAAAUUGCAUAGAAAAUACAUCACAUAAUUAAAAAUAUAAAUAUGAGAAUCUGCUAAUACUUUAUGAACUGAAAAAUAAAUGUUUAUUUGCA